AUGUCAAGAUGGGAAAUUAGCCCGUUCAUGAUAUAUAAAGAGAAGUUGGUAAAAGAGUUGAAUUACCGCAAAGUUGUUCGUCUGUCAGCAGAAGAAAUGCGCGGUUAUGCAGCGGUCAGAUGGACGGCGAUGAGCGACACGAAAAAGAUGGUAUUUCGCGGUCUAGCGAGACAUGCGUACAUUCGUUUGCGUCGAAUCCGUCGUUUGCUUCAUUGCCGAAAAAAACAUCUGACCGAUGCAUGGAGGCAAAAGCUUCGCAUCAAGCCUUCAGAAGAGUCAGACAAACGGACCAGCAUGGCAGUUUUGUACGAACCAGAUCUCUUCUACAUGGAGAUUCGUCAACAGUGGCUGCUACGCAACCCGAAUUUGUUGGCGAACAGAUUUUCGAUCAUCAGCGUCGUUCCUCUCGGAUGUUACUGGACUGCCAGCCCUGCGGUAAUGGUGCCAUCAGAAAUAAGUGUUCUGACGUUUAAAAUGUUUGACGGCAUCAAAGACCGGUACAGUAUCGUCGUCAACAGUGGUAAGCUAAAUUUUUUCUAUUGGUUAUUCAUGUAGAA